AUUGCAUUAUAAUAAUUAAUAUGCCACAAAUUAACCUAGCUGUAUUCCCCUAUAAAUUCUUCAUCUUAGUAUUAUAUACUCUCAAAAGGUGUUUCUUACCAUUCACAACACAAACACGUGCACACUCUCACAUAGAUGGAGUUCUAUGAUGGAGAUUUCAUGGAGGAAUUAAUGGCUCUAAGAAGAGAAACAUAUGAAAUUACCAAUCCAAGUCAAGAAGAAAAUCAAUUCUUCUCAUCAACAAGUAACUUGAGUUUUGAUAACUGUUUUGAACAAAACUCUUUACCAUAUCUACCAAACUCUUCUUGUACUCAACAAGUUCCUCAAAGCUAUAACAACAAUGAUCACUACAGUAACACUUUCAAUGAAAUCUAUGGUUCCUUACUUGAUGAAUCUUCAACACCACCACAGAUUCUUGAUUCGUACUAUAAUAAUAGUAUUGACACUCCAUUUAUUUCUCAAGAAGACUUUUCACUGUCCAUGAUGGGAGAAGAAGAUCAAGGUUUGCUUGAUGAUGAGCUUCAGAAUUUGGAGCUGCAAACAACAUGUAAAAUGGAGCCAAUACAAUCACCUGAAAUGCCAGUAGUUUUCAACACUGGUAAUGGUAUGGAAAGAAAGAACCGAUCGAAGAAACUUCAAGGACAACCGUCGAAGAAUCUAAUGGCUGAAAGGAGAAGACGAAAGAGAUUAAACGACCGUCUUUCGAUGCUACGAGCAAUUGUCCCUAAGAUAAGCAAGAUGGACAGAACAGCUAUACUUGGAGAUACUAUUGAUUACAUGAAAGAGCUUCUAGAGAAAAUAAAAAAUCUGCAACAAGAAAUUGAACUAGAUUCAAAUAUGACAAGCAUUGUCAAAGAUGUCAAACCAAAUGAAAUCUUAAUCAGAAAUUCUCCUAAGUUUGAGGUGGAGAGGAGCGCGGACACAAGGGUUGAAAUUUGUUGUGCAGGGAAGCCAGGGUUGUUGCUAUCCACAGUAAACACAUUGGAAGCAUUAGGCCUUGAGAUUCAACAAUGUGUUAUUAGCUGUUUCAAUGAUUUCACAAUGCAGGCUUCUUGCUCAGAGGAAUUGGAGAAAAGGGAAAUGCUAAGUUCUGAAGAUAUUAAGCAAGCCUUAUUCAGAAGUGCAGGGUAUGGAGGAAGAUGUUUGUGAGAAUAUAUAGCCACAAGUGAACUUAGGAUAGUUUUUUCUUCAUUAGGAUCGAUUCAAAUGACAUGUCUAUUAUAAUGUUUUCUUCAUGAGGAAGAGGCUAUAAUAUUAUUAUUAAUAUUGCUUCAAAUGAAGAUGUCCCAUUUAUGUUGAUUGGUUUUGUUCUCUCACAUAUGCAUAAUACAAAAGCCAAUUUCUAUCAAA